AAAAAUACAAAUACAUUGUUGUGCUUCCCCAGUUUACGUUCUGCGCAGUCUAUCGUCUAUCUCUCUCCUGCAAGCACAUAUACAUAUACAUAUGUAUACACACGCUUGAAAUCAGCUUUUGCUGUCAGUAUCAGAAUUUUGCGGCUCGCGUUCGGUCCAUCGCGUGGUGUGUGGUGUUCGUUAUUUGUGGAGCCCCGGAGCCGCUCGCUUCCCCUGCUGUUGCUUGCUGCCUUGCUUUUAUCAAUAAAAACCAAACCCUCCUUUGUCAUUUGCAAAUAUCCUGGUCGCUAAGGCGUUGCCUCUCCGCGUAACUUCGAUAAGAUGAGCAGCAAAGUAACCUUUGCCUUUGAUAAUAACCCCUUGGGGGUAUAUCACGCAGGCCAGGUGAUAUCCGGAACGGCUGAGCUCACAACGGACCGUCCAAAAACCAUUCGCUCGAUAUUUAUAACAAUAAAUGGAUAUGGGGAGACGCGCUGGCAGGAGAGUGUGGAGAAGCCCGGCGAUGAUGGCAAGACUAAAAAAUCAAUGGAGACGCACACCACUACAGAGAUCUACUAUAGCAGCGAUAAGUAUGUGUACGGCCAGAGCGGUGGCUCACAGCUGGAGCUGCCGAAGGGCAAGUUUGUGUUUCCCUUUCACACGACCAUCCCACCGAAUGCCCCAACCUCCUUCAAUGGCAGCCACGGACAGAUCAAGCAUGAGGUGACCCUCACCAUAGAUCGCUCGGUGCGCUACAAUAAUAUCUUCAAGCAGUGCUUCACUGUGAUACUGCCACACGAUUUGAACACCAAGAGAGAGAAUGCGCAACCCCUGAAACGCAUUGAGGAGAAGUCCUUCUGGUGGGGCUCCAUUUUUGGUGCCAACAAGCCGAUGGUCAUGGAUGUGAGCACCUCGUACAGUGGGUAUGUGCCCGGCCAGAAGAUACACUUUCAUAUGGUGCUCGACAAUCAGUCGGACGUCCAGUGCCAGGAUGUCAAAGUGCGCCUCCUCAAGAAUGUCACAUAUCGGGCCAAUUCCACGAACAAGGAGCAGCUGAAAUCCACCGAAUCCCGCAUUGCGGAUAUGCACUGCGGCGAGGUGGUGAAACACAACAAGGCCCAGUUCGAUGAGUAUCUCCUGGUGCCUCCCACAACACCCUCCACGGUGGGGGAACGGGACCCCAUACGCGUUAGCUAUACGCUCCGGUUUAUAGCCAAAACCUUUCGUUUUCAUGGCGGCGGGGAUCUGGUGGUGGACUUUCCAGUGACCAUCGGCACAUUGCCGCUACUGGGCAGUGGCGAGGACAAGGGACCCGGAAAGACUGCGUCCUCCAAUGGCAGUGUCAACAGUUAUCCUGGUGCCCCGAUCUUCCAGGAGGAUGUGAGCGACGAACAGUUCGAGUCCAACACAUUCAAGCCACGUUAUCCGGUGUACACGUUCGGCCAGCCUGGAAAUGCCGCCAAUGGAGCUCCGGCAGCUACCCCCAGUCUGUAUCCAAGGGCUGAAGACACACCGCCAGUGGCUCCUCUACCAUAUGCGCCCAAUCCAGUAACGCCAGUGGCCAAGCCCACAGCCCCAGGCCCUCAAAAGAUACCCCCAUAUCCGACCAACUCGCCCGCACCUGUGUCUGCGGCUGCUGCUCCUGGUGGCGGUCACUUUGAAGUUCUUGGCUUUAGCAUACCGCCCGGGUAUCAGCCAACGCCCAGUGCACCAGGUGCUGCUUCCCCGGCUGGCAUUGGCUGGAAGUAGAACCCCUAUAUUUACACGAUUUUGUAUUAUAUUUUUUAAGCCAUUUUUCAAAUAAAACUGAAAGCGCGCCUGCAGUGGCAGCGCUGUGCCCUUGA